CAGGAGAGGAGUUAAAAACCGGUGCUUUGAGGAGCUGGACAGGAUUUUUUCCAUCACUCAGGAUCAACACAACAUGAAGAGAAACUGGAUUUCACUCUGCGGACUUCUGGCUGCCGUUUGCUCCGUCCAGGCCACCUACAAAUAUUACUCAACGGUGAAAUGUGAUUGUAACGGCAGAUCUCGGUACUGCCUCCCGGACGCCUGGGGUCUGCACUGCCUCGACUGUCAGGGGAACUACGAGGGACGCCACUGUGAGCGCUGCAAAAAUGGUUUCUACCAGCAGGAGGCGGGACUGAGCUGCUCGCCCUGCCGCUGCAACCCCGCAGGUUCUGUCAGUGCAACGUGUGACAGCAGGGGGCGCUGCAGCUGCAAAGAAGGCGUCACUGGAGAGAAAUGCGACCGAUGUCCCGACGGACCGAUCGGACCCAACGGCUGCUCGCAAAGCCGUCAGCUCAGAGAGGAUGCUGGGAGUUUGACUCUGCCAUGUUUCUGUUCCGGCCACAGCAGCGUCUGUUCACCACAGUCCGGCUACUCCGUCCACAACAUCAUCUCCACCUUCUCAGACGGUCCAGAGGGCUGGAAGGCGGCGACGGUGCACGGCUUCACCCCCAACGAUGUUCACUUUCGCUGGUCACCAAAACACCAGGACCUGGAGGUGAUCUCCAGGAACAGCCUGCCGGUUUACCUGUACGCUCCAGAACCUUACCUGGGGGAUCAGCUGUUGAGUUACGGUCAGAACUUGUCCUUCUCGUUGCGUCUGGACCGCGGCGUCCGACAUCCGUCCACCAGCGACGUCAUCCUGGAAGGCGGAGGUUUGAGAGUCGCCGCCUCUCUGGGUGACCUGCGCUCCAUCGUCCCCUGUGGACAGAAGAUCAAGUACAACUUCAGAUUGGACGAGCAGCCGGACAGCAGGUGGAGGCCUCAGAUCUCCUCCUUCCAGUUCCAGAAACUUCUCCAGAACCUCACGGCCAUCAAGAUCCGGGCCACGUUCGGUGAAACUGGUCGUGGUUACCUUGACAACGUGCAGCUGGUGUCGGCUCGGCCCUCAGACGGGGUUCCGGCCCGCUGGGUUCAGGCCUGCAGCUGCCCGCCGGGAUACGACGGCCUGUUCUGUGAGCGAUGCGCGGCCGGAUUCAGACGCCAGAGCCCAGCAGAGGGAGCCUUCGGCCGCUGUGAGCGCUGCAGCUGCACCGGAGGAAGCUGCGACCCGCAGACCGGAGACUGUUACUCCGCAGACGAGACGCCCGCAGAGCGAAGCUGCUCGGAGGGUUUCUACAGAGACCCCUGGAACCUGGACAGAUGUGUGAAGUGUCCCUGUCCGGACGGGCUGUCCUGCUCGGUGCCUGCCGGGUCUCUGGAGCCCCGCUGUGACCGCUGUCCUCCAGGAACCACCGGUCCUCGCUGCGACUCCUGUCAGGAGGGUUUCUACGGCGACCCUGCAGGUGUCACCGGUGUGCAGCGACCCUGCAGACCCUGCAGCUGUAACGGACACAUCGACGUCAGCGAGGCGGGAAGCUGCCACCGAAUCACCGGAGAGUGUCUGAAGUGUGUGAACAACACGAGAGGACAGAACUGUGAGUUCUGUGAGACAGGUUUCUACCACACUCGACCGUCUGACGCCUGCAAACCCUGUAACUGUGACUUUCGGGGGUCUGAGUCCAAUCAGUGCGAUGAUUCUGGUCGCUGUCAGUGCCGGUCGGGCUUCGAGGGUCUGAGGUGCCAACGGUCCAACUGUCCUGCCUGUUUUGGCCCCAUCAAAGUAAAGAUGGAGGCAUACGUUGCCAAAGUGAAGGAACUGGAGACUCUGUUCUCAGACAUGGACGGAGGUUUGAAACCAGCCAACAACGCAGAGAUAGAAGCUGCCCUGAGAGCCGCCGAGGACGUGGUGGACGACCUGCGGGACGACACUGAGCUGCUCGCAGAGCUGGAGAAAAGACUUCAGACUCGCCUGUCGUCCAUCAGCAGCAGUCAGCUGUCCGAGGAGCAGGACAUCCAGAACAUCGCCGACAAGGCCGAUGACAUCAAACAACGACAGCAGACCUACAAGACGAAGGUGGAGGAGGUCCAGACGCUGAUGGAGGAGAUGAAACGGCAGCUGGACGAGGCCAAAAGCAAACUGAGAGCAGCUGAGCUUCCUCUGGGUGAUGCUCCGCUGGGUUCAGACGCUCUGUCGUCACUGGUGAAGACAGCUAAAGAUCUGGCUGACAAACAUGAGACGAAGGCCGACGCUGUGGAGAAAACCGCUGACGAGGCCCUGAGCGACUCGAACAAGGGUCUGGCUUUGGUCCGAACUCUCAUGAACAGAGAGAAUAAAGUCAAGGAGCUCAUUGGAGAUCUGAAAACAAUGUAUGACCAAACUUCAGCUCAGGUGAAGGGUUUGGAGGACCAAGCGACCCGUCUGAGCGGCGAGGCUAAAGGCGAGAGCAAAAUGGCGGCUGGCAUGUUGAAAGACAUCGCCAGCAUGGAGCGAAACAUCCCAUCACCCAUGAAGGAGGAGAUGGACGCUAUGGUCUCCAGGUUGGACGGACUGAAGAAGGCGGUGGAUGACAACAUCUCAGGUUUUGAGGAUUUGCAAGGCGACGUGCAACGAAACACGGCUGCUGCUGAGGAUCUGCUGGCUGAAGGCAAAGCUGCCCAGAAGGAACUCGGCAAGUUGGUCAACAGAGUCAACGCUGCCAAAGAUGUCACAGUGGACGCGCUGCAACGCAUCAAUGGCAACACCAACGACCUGGACAAUGCCCUCAACGCCCUCAGAGGCUUCGACCAGCAGAUCGCUGGCAGCAAAGAUCUGGCUGACGCCGCCAUCAGACGUCUUCCCAGCAUCAAUGCCACCAUCCAGCAGGCUGUUCGCAACAACGCCGAGACGCUGUCCACCCUUGGAGACAUGUCCAAAGACUACGACGGUGCGCUGGGAGCCAUCAACAUGCUGGACAAUCUGGUCAACAAUCUGGAGGUAGCAACAGAUUCCCUGCCGCCUCAUGCUGGUUUGGCAAACAGAGCAACCAAACUGAACGGGGAGGCGAAGGACCUGAAGCUGAAGGUUGACGGUGCAGCUAGAGAGCUGGCAUUAGAGCUGGACGGUGCCCGGAGGCUGGAGGACGAUGCAGACAAGGCGGCUUUUGAUGCGGAUGGAGCCUUUAGCAACGCCAGACAGACCAGAGACGCUGUUGGAAAAACACUGCGAGACAUCAACAAUCUGCUGGCUAACAUGAACCAGACCGUCGCUGUGGAUGAAGAGGACCUGAAACGGCUGGAGGACUCGCUGGCCGAUGCUCAGAGAGACGUGGAGGGCAAUCUGAGGCCUCGGCUCAGGAACAUGGAGGAGAUGGAAGAAGCUCAGCGCCGCCGGCUGACUGGGAUUAACCAGGACAUUGACACCAUCCUUGCAGACAUCGCUAACCUGGAAGACAUCCUGAGGGCCGUCCGCGGUUGCUACAACAGUCCCCCCAUUGAGGAGGCCUGAGGAAACUCGACUGCUGAGACUCUUUAUCUAGACUUCUUAAUCUGCUUAGACUCUCCAUGUGCUGAGACUCAUCGCUUACUGAGAUUCUUUACCUAGACUCUUUAACCAGCUAAGACUUGUUAACCUGAUGAGACUCAGCAACCUGGUUAGACUCACCACCUGAUGAGACUGUUUACAUUUGCCUACUAAAAUUCAUCAUCUGCUGAGAUUCUAUUCAGAGUCGUUCACCUGCUGAGACUCGACAUUUUCUGAGACUCUUUACCUAAACUCUGUAACUAGAUAGACCUUUCUAACCUGAUGAGACUCAACUCACUAAGACUUGGUUACUUGCUGUAAUCUGGUAAUCUGCCGAGACUCUUUGACAGGCUAAGACUUGGUAGCAUACGGAGACUUGUCACCCGCUUAGACUCAUCAUCUGCUAAGACUUGUCACCUAUUGAUCCUCUUUACCUACACUCCUUAAUUGGCUGAGACUUGUUAACCUGAUGAGACUUGGUAAACUGCUGGGACUCUUCAUUUAGACUUCUUAAUCUGCUCAGACUCUAAUCUUCUGAGAUUCUGUAACCUGCUGAGACUCUACCUGUUGAGACUCAUUAACCUGCUGAGACUUGUUAACGACAUGUUAUGCCUUUAUAUUUCUGAUAAUGAUGUGAUGUUUGUGAAUGUAAUAAUAUUUAUAACUGUACAGACAUGACUUUUUUAACCUAUUUACAUUCAGUGUUUUUAUUGUCAUUGAUGCGACUGACCAGUAGGAAUGCUCGUAAGUAUCCUGGAAGAUUUUAAAUAAAAGCUGCUGCACUUUUUCCUGA